CGCGACAGAGUGGACGAGAAGAAUGAGCAGCGAUGAUCAUAGUCCCGCUGCCAGGAGGUCCAUCCUGGGGAGCACGCUCCUGCUGCUCCCUCAUGCCAUACUCAUAGCAGCGACGAUUGCCUCAACAUGGCUCGGUACGGUGCCGCAGACUGGCCCGUUUGUGCGCUUGGAGCAGGGCUCUUUCAAGGGCGUUCUAGACGAACAAUACCAACUAGAAGCGUUUCGAGGCAUUCGCUAUGCUUUACCUCCGCUCGGAAAUCUCAGAUUUCGAAGACCGAAGAUGGUUUGGGAGGGUCCUCUUCCGGACCGGCUUGAUCCUCACAACCGAACAGGGUCCGAUGGUGUCUUUGAUGCUACGUACUAUGGACCAUCUUGUGGACAAUACGUUCCGCCACCUUUCAUGGCCUAUCGACCGCCAAUACCCGAAGGAAGUGCACAAGAGGCCUCUAGUGAGGACUGCCUGAGCGUCAAUGUCUUCCGUCCCUCUACCAUGCAGAAACGUCUUCCCGUUAUGGUAUGGAUCUACGGAGGCGCGUGGCUCAUGGGCGCCGACUUUCCCUACGAGCCGACGAAUUUGGUGCGGAGAUCUAUUGUCAAUGGCCAGCCCAUUAUCGUCGUAACAUUCAAUUACCGAGUGGGCGUGUACGGCUUUGCUUCUGGACCGUCGAUGGCCGAGCAAGCAGAAAAGGGAAACGUCGACCUCAAUGUUGGACUGCAUGACCAACGAGGCGCACUGCGAUGGAUCAAGAGAAACAUUGCGCAAUUCGGCGGUGACCCUGACAGCAUCACCAUCGCGGGAGAGUCCUCAGGAGGCCAGAGCGUCUCGUUUCACCUCCUGGCCGACGGAGGAGAUGAUAAGGGAGAGAACCUUUUCCAUCGUGCCAUCUUGCAGAGCGGAGGAUCGAGCAUGGCCAUCACGCCACCCACCGCAUCGCGUCACCUCCUACACUGGCGUGCCUUCCUCGCCCCUACACCCUGCGCACGUUUUGCCGACUCCUUUGAUCAGAUUCAGUGUCUCCGCGAGCUCCCAGCUGUCGGUCUAUCGCAGGCAAAUACACGCGCCAAGAUGUAUGUCUUGGGUGUGCAUCAAGCUGCUAGCUGGAGGAGCCCAACCUUCUUUCCCUUCUGGCCGACGCUUGACAAAGAAUUCAUCACGAAGAGUCCUUUUGAGCUCUGGAAGGAGGGUAAAUACAAAGACGUGCCGCUGCUCAUGGGAAAUGUCCUCGACGAAGGGACUGCAUUCACGCCCCACGAUCUGCACAACGAGACAGUGACUCGAGCGUGGAUGAAGAGAGCCGUCGUUGUCAAGGACGAUCUGACACCUGCGGACCACCGCCACGUUCUCAAGUCGAUCCUCAAGGCAUGGCCCGAUGAUCCAGAGCACGGCAGCCCAUUCCGACCAGAGCUCACGGGAGGGCAGCCGCACGAUCGGAUUUUUGGGGAAGAGAACCAAUUCAAGCGGGCAGCAGCUGCUAUCGGCGACAUCAUCUUCCAAGCGCCUCGGAGAUACCAGCUCCGGCAGCAUGCGCAGCACCAAGCCGCAGGCCUCAAGCGAUCCGCCGCCUGGUCAUAUCUCCUCUCGGAGCCCUCGCCAGGCGGUCAGGCCUACACGGGCGUAUCGCAUGGCACCGACAACGACCUCCUUUUCCGUCCCAUGGCUCAGUAUGUGUUCCUGAGGCCGCCCGUCGACUAUCGAAAGCCGGGGUCGAGAUGGGCCGUCGUGGCAGACUCCAUGAUGGACGCCUGGAUCAACUUUGUUAACAAGGGCCACCCGAACGGCGGCAAGAACGUGCCCAAGUGGCCGUACUACGCCGCAAAGGGCGUCCCGAAGCGCAGUCGACCCCACACGAUGCUCCAGUUCCAGGCGUACAACAACACGCUUAUCACUGACGACUAUAGAGAAGAGGCCAUCACAAAGACGUUGAUUGAAGAUGACGUCGUUCGAAAAGCCUUGGCUUAUUAGAAAAGCGAGAGUAAAGAGAAAGUGAUUCUUACAACAUGGCCACCUUCUUGGCACCUUCCUUCCACCCCUCAUUGCUCUUGCUCUUGUUUCUGCUGCUGCUCGAGGUAGAAUG